AUGAGCCGACUGGAGCCUAGGCUUGAGCAGAAACUGACAAAUUUUUUUCGGUUCUCUUUCAGAGCUAAACAACGGCCUGAUGACGUCUUGCACAAUGCGUCGAUGCCUAAAGCUGACUCCUACUCUUCUAACGAUGCCUACGAGGCCACGUUAAGCAAGGUAUGUAAUGAGCUAAAGCUUCCUGAAAGCCUGGCUGUUAGAAUCCGUCGAGAUCUGCUUGAUGCCAUAAGCGCCGACGAGACCGGACCGGAUAUGGAGCCAAAGCAGGUGGCAAUCCUAGUGUAUGGGGUACUGGACAGACACGGUCUGGAGCGUGACGGUGCAUUGGAAGAGAGUCUAGUGAACGUCGUAAUCAGCCUUAUUCAGCAGAAGGCAAGACUCCAGGGCCAGCCAAUGGAAAAAGUGGCGGCAACGAAUGGAGCCAACUUGGAGCAAAAAUUGACAGCGAACUCGAUGGACGGACACUCGCUAAAGGAUGUGGCAGACUCUGAAGCUCGAAUAGAAGAGCCUAGUGUCAAAGCCGUGAACAAUGAGGCACAGUGGAAAGGAGACGGAAUGGUUGAGUCAAAAAUUCUCGAGUCUGGCAGGGUCGAGGAAGUAGAGACUCAUAGAACCGGCGAUCCAUUGACUAUGUCGAGUGAAUAUCACACGCAGCAAAUUGUAGCCUUAACUGAACUUGGCCUUUCCAAGAUCUGGAUAGAUGAAUUAAUAGCAGAGGUUUCUAAAAUCCCCAAGUUCGCACUGACCAACUUACGACUUCACAAAAUCAUUGGUUCUCAUCUGGCCAAUCACCAGAUCACUUUGAAUGAAAAGGAUGAACUUCAGCUAAAAAAUACAUUGUUAGAAUACAGGAACCAGACUCAUGGUCCAGAGCACAUCGGAGCCUCCGAGCAAAAUGCAAGAACCGAAAGCCUCCAUCAGCCAAGACGAUCGGUGAUCCAACUAGUCAGCUUUGAAAAUAAGGAAGAUGAAAAUCUGGAAGGUGAGGAAGCCGAUCAGACGCCUUCGGAUGAAUCAACAAUGCGCGAAAUGAUGAACAGGACGUCCUCAGUCAACGAAAAGGCAAGAGAGCCUGUGACUGCUCUUGAUACUGACAAUGUCAAGACUUCACCUACCUCUUUGGGGAAUAUGGGAAUUUCUGGUAUGGCAGCAAAUGACGGUUUGCCGAAUGAGAAAGUAUCCUCAAAACCAAGCGCCCCAUUAUCUUCACAACCGGCCGCCCAGCCUGCACAUCCCGGAGUUAGUGGGGAAAAAACUGAAAUC